CGUCAAGAUAGGUGAAGAGAUGACUUUUGAUUGCAAUGACUGAAACUAAUUACUACUACUAACUUCUACUAGACAGUCAAUUUCAAACUGUCUAGAGAAUCGUACUGGCCGCAGAAGAACAACCACUGAUACAAACAUAAAUUCUCCAUUUAGUUGCCGACACAGCAAAGUCCAAAAAGGGUGGAUUGGAAGCAGUUUAUGCAUAUUCAUACAUCAAUCCCACCAAGGACUCUCGAGAAUUCGAUCCAUGGUUGCUCUCUUUUUCAGAUCGAGAUUCAUCCUCCUCAAUAUCAUUCUUUUCGUUGUCGUGCUAACCACCGAGGUUUCCGCGGAUUCUUCCAUCAUAGACGUGAAACCAGGCGCCGGCUCGAACAUCUACUCGACUUUCGUGUCGUCCAGGCCCUCGGUGGGUGAUGAGUCGUUGCGAGUUGGGUCAACAUGGUCUGGUUCGUCCAAUGGUCCGAAUCCCUCACUAUUCAUCUUAUUCAACUUCUUCAUCAGGUCAUCGAGCUCACUCUGCUGCUGUCUCCACUCAAUAUCGUCCUCGGAGAGCGCGAGGAGCAUCUUCACAAUGUCUUCGCCCUUUUGGUUGACAGAUUCACACAAACGUUUGCACUCCGCGAUCGCUCGAGUAACGUUCUUCGAGGUCAACGGUGCAUCACAUUCCUUUACGCCCUUUCUGGUACAAUAGAAGCAUCUCGGAUGGUCAUCCAACUUGAAACACAUGGAGUUGGAGUUCUUGCAAGGUGUGCAUCGAUCCAUGGCAACUUUCUGGCGACCGAGGGCUUCGAUUCGAGAGACAGGGGAACGGCGACGAAGAGUGAAAGAGGGAUUGGCUUUUGAAACACAGGACCAAGGUAUAGUCAGCCACGAAGGAAAGAGAAAAAAACAACCAGAAGACAGCCUGGAGAGAAUCACUCACCAGCGAAGCAGCGACGAGAAACGGAAGGGCGAUUAGCUUUGAAAACUCGAAACUGAGAGAUGGUCAGUCACGAGAGAAGACAAGAAACGAUCAGAAGAUGUCCCAGAGAGAGAAUCACUUACCAGCGAAACUGCGGUGAGAAGUGAAAGAGCGAUUAGCUUUGCAAACGUGAAACUAAGACAUGAUCAGUCACGAGAAAAGACAAUGAACAGUCAAAAGAAGGCCCAGAGAGGAUCACUCACCUUGUGUAAAGUUGCAGACAACGAACAAGUCUAGAAGAUGGAAAGAGUUGCAAACUGAACUGAACAGCAGGCGGUUUAAAUACGUCACGACAGCCUACAAACCUACAAGCCUAAUUAGAGCGGCAAGAACCCCGCAGACUACAUCUCUGAAGCUACGAUCGGUGUUUUGUCACUUGGGUGUUCUCUGUCGCUUCCCCGCCAUGCUUCUGGCUCGCUCCCUGAGACCAAAAUCUGUCAGAAUGUCCUCGACGAUUGUUGGCCGCUCUGGCCGUGUAUAUGUGCGAGAUCGGGUACUUCAAACGCAUCCACGAAACCAGAGCGCCAUGACUACUUCGCACGGUAAGGUCCCGAUCGUUCGACUCAGGGAUAGAUGUGUUUGAAGUGACGGUCCACACGGAAGGGAGGUAUUGCAUAGGCGUUCACGAUGAAACAGUGUCCCGCCAUACGGGGCGAGUGG